UAUAUACAAGUCUGUGAUUGAUAUAGAUAGAUAGGUAAUCAGUUGUAUUCAACCGCGAACGCGUACGUUGUUUUCCUCGCAGCGUCCGAAUCCGCUAUGUAAAUUAUCUUCCCCAACUGACUGCGUCCUAAAUGAUGCACCAUUAUUCGUAACGAUGCUUUGCGUGAGGUACAGCAGGAAGCACGGUACUUCGUUGCUGUCCAAUUUGCUCCCAAAGGCCCUUCAUUCGCGUCGCGGUGACAGAAAUACGAGUUCCUACAAGGCAAUCAAGGUCAAUGACGACUCCUUGGACGCAGAUAUUGACAGCAGCGUCCUGGGUACCAACUCCAACUGGGAGCUGUUGACGCCGAGAGGCUUCCGUUUUUAUCUUCCUGGAAGUGUAGGACCUGCCUGGCUAGAUGCUACAACCACUGCCCAAGUCAAGACCCACUUCGUCGUCGAUCUGUCCAGUGAAGAGGCGUUUAUGGAAUCCUUGAACGACAAAGUUAGCUGUCGUAGAAACGGUUUCGGGGACUGGAAGGCGAUACGGCCGAUGUUGGACUGCGUAGCGCAAGAAUGUCCAAUCCUGCUGCGGAAGAGCAUAGAGGAAUUGUUUCCAGGAUCCUUGGACGCAGUCUCGUCACAUCUCACCAUUAUAACUAUUAAUCAGAGAGCGAAUCCUAAAUCGAUGCGAUGGCGCAAGGAGAUCGAAACGGAGAAGCUAGCCAAAUAUUUUGUUUUAGCAGCCUCGGACAUAUGUACGAAGCUCAAAAUGAUCGGUUACUGGGCGGACUUCAUUAACCCUUUUAGCGGGCAGCCGCACCUGAAUCCACGGAAGGGCGCCAAUUUAUAUGAGACCGAUCAACGAUUCCGCUGCGUAGGAUUUAAAGUAGAACAAAGAAGCAAUUGCAGAAUUAUCGCGUCCGAUAAUAGUCUAAAACAUUUUAUCGGAAGCCUUUUUACCACAGCGCCGGCGAGCACGGAGUUUCUGAAGCAAAUAAUAAACAUUGAUAACGAUAACGAGAAUCAAUAAACAUAAAGUGUGUACAUAAUGAAGGAGAAUUAGUUAUGUUAAUAUGUUUAAUAUGAUAGAGUUUUUUCUAUCGUAUAAAGUUAUACACAUAAGAAUGUGUAUAACUUACGCAUGAUUGAAAAGUGUCUCCGAGGUAAAUGUGAUCAUUCUCAGUCAUGCGCUGGAGCAGCGUUCUUCUGAUCUCUCUCUUCCGAUCAUGAGGGAUUCACGUUUGUCUGAUAUAGAAUUAACGUUUUGUGUUCUAAUGAAAUAAAUUAUAAUUAAAUUAUGUUUGAACUACUGGGAAGAUGGAAUGGAAGGCCUCUCGGCAAUUAGCAGCUCGACAGAUUUCGUUUGGAGGAGUAACCUUUUAAUAGCCAUGGAUAAAAUAUUUUUUUAUUCAUGUAACGCCUGUAAAUUCCUAUGUAAAUUCAGAAAACUACCUAUAAAAUUGUUAAUUCCUA